AUGGCUACUGCUGCAGUCACCUCCUUUUCUUUGUUUAGAAAUUAUGCAACAACAACUGUGAGAGCUUUUGUGACAGUGAAAGCCUCAAACACCAAUUUCAUAACUUCCUUUCUUCUUCUGCACUUUCGCAGAUCCCUGUGCCGUGUUAGCACUACAAACAAUAAGGAGGCUGCUGCAAAGUUAGCUGUAGUGAAUGCCGACACUGGAGCUCCAACAAUAUUUGACAAGAUCAUAUCUAAGGAAAUCCCAUCAAGCAUUGUAUAUGAGGAUGAUCUGGUCUUGGCAUUUCGUGAUAUCAAUCUGCAGGCUCCUAUUCACGUUUUAGUCAUCCUAAAGCUCAAUGAUGGAUUAACUGGCCUGGGAAAGGUAAUCUAUGGCCUAUGA